AUGGAUAACUUGAUUAUUUCUUUGUUUUUGCGGACUGACACCGACGACUGGUUAAACCAGCAGACUGAUCAAACUGCCUCGUCUAAUUUCACGGUGCACGAAAACCCAAAAUGGAAAGUUAAUUGCAAAGUUGAGGCUAGCAAACCUCACUCUCAUAACUACAUCUCAUAUUUUUUUAAUGUUUAA